GGAAGUUAAUCUUGAUCACGUAUUCUGCCUCGUUUUAGAAACCAACGCUAUCUUUCUUCGCCAUUUUUCACAACACGUCAGCCGUAGAAAAAGAAAACCAAGCAUGUCUUACGGACGACCAUCAAAUGAUUCCAGAAUUUAUGUUGGCAAUCUCCCACCUGAUAUAAGAGCCCGAGACAUUGAAGAUUUAUUUUAUAAAUUUGGACGAAUUAACUUUGUUGACUUGAAAACAAGACGAGGGCCCCCUUUUGCCUUUGUUGAAUUUGAGGACCCACGUGAUGCUGAUGAUGCAGUUGUGCAGCGAGAUGGUUACAACUAUGAUGGCUACACAUUGAGAGUAGAAUUCCCUAGAGGUGGAGGCAGUGGUGGUGGUCCUGAUGGCGGCGGUGGUGGUGGUGGUGGUGGAGGUGGAUACAGAGGAGGUGGCGGUGGUGGUGGACGAGGAUAUGGAGGAGGAGGUGGUGGCGGAAGAGGAAGAGGUGGAUUUGGAGGAGGAGGUGGUGGUGGUGGUGGUGGAGGAGGCAGAGGUGGUCCACCAUCAAGGAGGUCAGAGUACAGAGUACUUGUGUCAGGUUUACCACCAUCUGGAAGCUGGCAGGAUUUAAAGGAUCACAUGAGAGAGGCUGGUGAUGUGUGUUAUGCAGAUGUUUACAAAGAUGGAACUGGUGUUGUUGAAUUUUUACGUAAAGAAGACAUGAAAUAUGCAGUCAGAAAGUUGGAUGAUUCAAAGUUCAGAUCACAUGAGGGUGAAGUUUCAUAUGUUAGAGUGAAAGAAGAUUACAGAGGAGGAAGGUCGAGAUCACGGAGCAGGAGCAAUUCACCAAGGAGGUCAAGGGCAUCACCACGGUACUCCCCGCCUCCACGGCAAUCACGAUCAUCUUCUAAAUCAUAGGACUGCAGAAAUUGGUACUAAAGCAGCCUUCAAACAGAUGAAUGAUGAAUAGAUCUCCAGCAAUUAUCAUCUAUCGUAUCAGAGGACUAUAUGGUAUGCAUGUUAUACAUUGCAUAUCGUCAUUUUAGAUUUUAUCAUGAAAACAUUUUGUACAGAAAGCCAUUGACUCGAUAAAUUCAUUUGUAUAUAUAAUAACAUGUCAUUUAGUUUUAAUAAGCUCUUUUUUUUUUUUAAUGUAUUUACAUUUAUCAUUGAGGGGUGAAAAUUUUAUUUCAUAUGAGAGGGAACAUGAAAGACGGUAGCUACGAAAUAAUUUAUUGGUUAAAAAAAUUAUGAAGGAGGAAAGGGGGGGGGGUUUGGUAAAUGUAUUCAGUGAAAUUUUGAUAUCGAUCAUGGAAAUAUUUUAUAAACCAUUAAGUUAUAUGCAAUCACAAGUGGACAUUUAACUUUGAUUUCAGUUAUUCCUCUUCAUUAGUAGCAGGUAUUGAACAAUUUUUUACUUCAAGUUUUAUUGAAAUGCUGUUUAAAAUAAACUUGUAAAAUAUUAAUGCUAAAUGAAGGCAAAUUCAACAUAUAUCUUUUGGAGACAAUGAAAAAGAAAUUUCAAGAUUAUUAUUUUUUCAAACUUAAAAAAAUCUUUUUUUUACUGCUGAUGUUUAUAUUGUGUAAUUAUCAGAAAAUGUCCUCAUCAGUAAUGAAUGGUUUCUCAAGACUGUACAUUGUUUGUCUUAUAAUAAGAUAGCACAACUAACCUUUGUAUUUUUGUUGCUUCUUAAGGUAUAUGGUGGGAAGGAGCAGGGAUCCAAACAAUCGGCUCUUGUCUCGGAAUAUAUUUUUGGAUCACUGAUCAGGAUUUGGAUGUGCGUCUUCCGUCCUGGAUACACAUGGAUUGUCUCCCUUGUGCAUUUUCAAACGUCUUAAUUUCUAAAAAACUUAGUCGUUUGAUUUCAAGAAUUAAUUUUUAAAGACAAAAUUUUCUAAUUUCAUAUGAAUGAAUUGUUUUAAUUAAAUUGAUAAUGAGAUUAAAUCACAUUAAAAAAUUCAUAUUUUGAGUAAAGAAUUUUAUUUAAUCAGUAAAAAAGCUCUGAAUUGUCAUGAGCAAUGUUUGAAAAUGCACUGAGCACAUUUCUGGAUUAGGAAAUAAGCACAUCCUGAAUCAGGAUUAAAUAGCAUUAUACUUGGAUAAUAUGAGAUAAAAAGAGGACCCGAUCGGAAUUAAAAAAGGAUAGGAAAUACCCUAACAUUGAAAGGGUCGGAAUUCAAAUUAUUACAUCUGAAAGUUUGGAUCAAUCGUAAUUUGGAUAAAUUUCUGGACCUUUUUGGAUCAUUAUUAGGAUCAAGUAUUAAGAAAAUUAUCAGGAAAUCUUUUUUUGAUUAUACUUGGUAAUAUGAGAUAAAAAGAGGACCCAUCAGGAAUUUAAAAAAGAAAAGGAAACACCCUAUCAUAGAAAAGGACCGAAUUCAAUUAUAACACCUGCAAAUUUGGAUCAGUCAUAAUUUGGAUAAAUUCUGGAUCUUUUUGGAUCAAUCGUAAUUUGGAUAAAUUUCUGGACCUUUUUGGAUCAUUAAGGAAUUCUUUAGAAAAUUAUCAGGAAAAUCUGGAAAAGUCAUUUGGAAUUUCAGUCUUGGGGAUAAAAGAAAAAGGAUAUUCCUAUCAGGAGUCUUGGAAACAUAGGAAUCAAGAUAUGAUGUCAAGGAAUGCGCAGGAUUGAAGGGUAAAAUCGUCUUAAUUAAUUUACAAAAUUUAAAUCCUUGAAAAAAAGUCCUGCAAGUUUUUUUUAAAUUUUUGGCUAAUUUUCCUAUUGAAAAUGAAAGAUUUAGUGCUAGAAUAUUAUAUUAAUAUCGUACUUUUUACAGGUAAUGUUCAGACUAUAAUGUGAAAUGCAUUGAUUUUAACUGUGAUGAUUGUGACAAUAAAAAAUAAAAUAUA